UUGGAGGCGUGUGACUAUAUGCAGAUGAUCGAGGUGGAGCACAAACAGUGCCUGGAGGAGGCCCAGCUGGAGAACGAAACAGCAGGCUGCGGCAAGAUGUGGGACAACAUCACCUGCUGGCCGGCCACCCCUCGGGGCCAGGUGGUCGUCUUGGCCUGCCCCACCAUCUAUCAGGUCUUCUCCCACGUUCAAGGCCUCAACGUGAGCCGCAGCUGCACGGACGAGGGCUGGACACACCUGGAGCCUGGCCCCUACCCCGUUGCCUGUGGCUCAGAUGACAAGGAAUCAGGUUUUGACGAGCUGCAGGUAAUGUUCUAUACCUCUGUGAAGACCGGCUACACCAUCGGCUACAGCCUGUCCCUCGCCACCCUUCUCGUUGCCAUGGCCAUCUUGAGCCUGUUCAGGAAGCUCCACUGCACACGGAACUACAUCCACAUGCACCUCUUCACGUCCUUCAUCCUGAGGGCCGUCUCCGUCUUCAUCAAAGACCUGGUCCUCUUCGACAGCAAGGAGUCGGACAACUGCUCUGAGGCCUCCGUGGGCUGUAAGGCAGCCAUGGUCUUAUUCCAGUACUGUGUCAUGGCCAACUUCUUCUGGCUGCUGGUGGAGGGCCUCUACCUGCACACCCUGCUUGCUGUCUCCUUCUUCUCCGAGCGGAAGUACUUCUGGGGGUACAUACUCAUCGGCUGGGGGCUGCCCAGCACCUUCACCAUGGUCUGGACCAUCAGCAGGAUUCGUUUCGAGGAUCAUGGGUGCUGGAACAACAUCAACUCAUUACUGUGGUGGAUCCUAAAGACCCCCAUCCUCACCUCCAUCUUGGUGAACUUCAUCCUGUUUAUUCGCAUCAUCAGAAUCCUGGUUCAGAAACUGCAGCCGCCAGAUGUCGGGAAGAGUGACAGCAGCUCAUACUCGAGGCUGACCAGGUCCACACUUCUGCUGAUCCCCCUGUUUGGGGUGCACUACACCGUGUUUGCCUUCUUCCCCGACAACUUUAAUGCUGAAGUAAAAAUGAUCUUUGAACUCGUCAUGGGAUCUUUCCAGGGUUCUGUGGUGGCCAUCCUCUACUGCUUCCUCAAUGGCGAGGUGCAGGCAGAGCUGCGGCGGAAGUGGUGGCGCUGGAACCCACAGAGCUUCUUGGGCCGGGGUUCCGAAUACCAGCACCCGGCAGGAGGCAGCAACGGAGCUACGUGCAGCACACAGGUCUCCUUGCUGACCCGCGUCAGCCCCAGCACGCGCCGCUCCUCCAGCUUCCAGGCCGAAGACUCCCUGGUCUGACCGCCAGGUGCCCCGAGGCCGAGGGUGGCCCUACUGGCCCGCACCGACCAGCUUGGGGACAGAAGCCUGCCCUAGUCUAGGGUUCGAAGGCUGCCCCAGCCCUCAGGUCACUGUCCGGAUGCCCUUGGAGAACGCCGCUCUUGCUCCUGCCUGGGGAAAGGAGGGUGCAAAGAUAAGGGAGCCGCUUCUCUGCAAGCAGGAGCCCUGGGAGCUCGGCUCCUGAAGGAGUGGGGUGGAGGUCAGUCAUUAGACUCCUCCCCAAAAGGCCUCCUCCACCAAUCAAAGGCAAGAAAUUUGCAUAUCUCUAGACUCCGCCCCCUGUUGUGACCUAUUGGAGGAAGGCAGACCACUCACCCCCAAGCAAAAGGUGUGGGAACACGGUUGACAAAGGUCUUGCCCUGAAAAGUCACCUGCCGCUACCACUUAGACAGUGCCUGAAGUGCCACCAUUGCUGUCAAGUUCCUUUAGGUUAAGCAUUGCCAUUCAAG